UACUUUUUCUGGUCUGGCGAUGUGACGUCAUGAGGCUGCGCCGCGCUCCUCCGUCUGUGAUUCGGCUGAUGAAAGGUGUGUCGUUUAGAAAAUUGUAAAUUAAACUGUAAAAUGAUCUUUAAUGAAUGUUAUUCUCUGAGAGUAAAACGCAAAGACAUACAAGCGCAAAGUAAUACAAAAGGUGCACCUAAUAUAUCAUGAAUCAAUUAAUCAUAAACACGAAUUCAGUCACUGGCAAGCAAUAACGAGAUAAACGGAGCUUUUCGAAACUUUUCCGAGUCAAUUGAAUCAAUUGAUUCGCAAAAUGAUUCGGUGAUUCGAAGGGCGCGAAUCACCCCACGUUGACGACACCUGCUGAUCAAAACAGUGUCAUGUAAGGUCCCUCUGACAGACUCCCUUACCAGUGCACUGACUACUGAAGACUAAGUGACCAAACACACAGAAAAACUCCUUCUGAAGCAGCUGAGAUCCACGUGACUCGCUGUUAUAAAGAUGGUGUUUAUUAAAGAGGAGAGUGAAGACAUGAAGCUGGAAGAAACAUUCAGAUUCAAACAUGAAGAUACUGAGGAACAAAUAGACCUGAUGCUGCUGAAAGAAGAAAGUGAAGAAUUAAAUGAAACAGAAGACAAAGAUCAGUAUAAGAAACAUGAUUUCACUGAAGAAAACUUGUUUAGUUGCUCACAAACUACACAGACUUUACAAAUGACAGCUCAAAAGACAGGACCUGGAAGUCAUUUCAUCUGCCAACAGUGUGGUAAGAGUUUCACUCAAAAAGGAAACCUUAAAGUCCAUAUGAGAAGUCAUACUGGAGAAAAGCCUUACACAUGCCAACAAUGUGGAAAGAGUUUCACUAAAAAGGAAAGCUUUGAAAUCCAUUUGAGAAUUCAUACUGGAGAGAAGCCUUACACCUGCCAACAGUGUGGAAAAAGUUACAUUAAAAAAGGAACCCUUAAUAUUCACAUGAGAAUUCACACAGGAGAGAAACCUUACACCUGCCCUCAAUGUGGACUAAGUUUCACUCAAAAAGGAACCCUUAACAGGCACAUGAGAAUUCACACCGGAGAGAAGCCUCACACCUGCAAUCUCUGUGGAAAUCGUUUUUUCCGAAAAGGAAACCUUAAACACCACAUGAGAAUCCAUACCGGAGAGAAACCUUAUACCUGCCAACAGUGUGGAAAGAGUUUCUGUCAACAAGGAAUCCUCAAAGUCCACAUGAGUAUUCACACUAGAGAUACCCAAUUCAACUGCCAACAAUGUGGAAAAAGUUUCACUAAAAAGGGAAACCUGGACGUCCACAUGAGAAUUCACAGUGGAGAAAAACCAUUCAUAUGCUCUCAGUGUGGAAAGAGUUUCUCUCAACAAGGAAACCUAAAAGUCCACAUGAGUGUUCACAAUGGAGAUAAGCCAUUCACCUGCCAACAGUGUGGAAAUAGUUUCAGAUGCAAAAUAUCCCUUAAUAACCACACAAGGAUUCACUCGAGAGAACAGAUUUAUAUGGUUUCAGUGUGAGAAUCAUGUAAUAAUAGAGAAGCCUUUCAAGUGCCAUUACUGUGGAAAAUCUGGCUUAGACAAAGCAAACCUUGAGAUUAACAUUGAGAGUUCACAGUGAAGAGGAACCUUUCUUAUGCUGUCACUGAGGAAAGAGAUUCAGAUCUAAAAUAAAAAAAAACAAAACAGAAAUGGUGAAAGCAUGCCCAGUACCCUUUAUUUACAUAACCUUCCUGACCUUAGACUGGCGUCCUAACAAAUUUAGCAAAACAUUGUUUUCAAACAUAUUUACUUACUUACCUGCUACUGCCAUCUAGUAGUUAUAAUGGUAAUUUCAGGGAAUUUGCAAUUGGAAUAUAGUCCUUUUAAAAAAAACUUUUGUAUCUCCAUAACAUUUUGCCUACUUGUUUGGAAUCACAUGAUACAUGUGCUUACCUAAUUUUGUAGGAUUUAUAUACACUGCAAAAAUGUUUUACUUACUAUAAACAUUAUUGAAUCAAUAUGCAUUUACUUGACAAGUAAAGUGACUUAAAGGAGAAGUCCACUUCUAGAACAAAAAUUGACAGAUAAUGUCCUCACCCCCUUGUCAUCCAAGAUGUUGAUGUCUUUCUUUCUUCAGUCAUAAAGAAAUUAUGUUUUUUCAGGAAAACAAGCAUUUUUCUGCAUAUAAUGGACUGAUUAUUUCAGGAUUCCUUACUUCCAGUUUUUUUCCUACAAAAUGAUGUGAAAAUCAUCUUGUGAAAACAAAACAAAAAACAUCUGUGAACAUGUUAA